AAUAAUUUCUAAAUUUUUUCGUUUCUUAAUCACGUGAUUUAGGCGUGCGUGCUUUUCAAUGCUUCUUCACCUUCUUUCUUCCAUUCCCACACUCUUCACUCCCUCACUCUCCUUUCAUUUGAUAAAGUGGAGAACAAAUUGUGCGAAUAGGCAAAUGGGUCGCGAGAGUUUACUUCCCCAAGUGAAAAAGCCUUUGAAUUUUCGGUUGUGCAAGGUUUCUGGUCACACAAGUGAAGUGCUGGAGAUUCAAGCUGAUGAUCCUACAUUGCAUGUUUUAUUCAUCCCUGGAAAUCCAGGUGUAAUUUCAUUUUACAAGGACUUUUUGGAAUCACUAUAUGAGCUUCUUGGAGGAAGGGCAUCAAUAACAGUUAUUGGUCACAUAUCUCAAACUGCAAAGGACUGGGAGCAUGGUAGGUUGUUUUCAUUGCAAGAACAAAUUGAUCAUAAGAUGGACUUCAUUGGACAGGAACUACAAAAUACUGAAGUUCCUAUAAUACUGGUUGGACACUCUAUCGGUUCAUAUAUAUCUGUUGAAGUGCUAAAGAGGUCUUUAGAAAAGGUGAUAUAUUGCGUUGGAUUAUAUCCAUUUUUGGCGUUGAACCGACAAUCAAUAAAGCAGUCCAUUAUUGGGAAAAUUGCAGCGUCUUCGUUCAUAUCAGCUGCAGUUAGUUUUGCUAUAGCAUCUUUGGGAUUAUUACCUAGGAGAGCUUUAACGGUUGUUGUAUCUAAAUCUUUUGGGAGUUCAUGGUCUGGUACCGCUGUUGAGGUUGCUUGCACUCACUUGUCACAGUAUCAUGUUAUGCGAAAUGUGCUCUUUCUCGCAAUGACAGAGUUCAAAAAGCUAUCAGAAACACCAGAUUGGGCCUUUAUGAGAGCAAAUCAGGAUAAAAUUGCAUUUUUGUUUGGCAUUGAUGAUCAAUGGGGUCCACUGCAAAUGUUUGAAGAGAUUUCGAAGCAGGCCCCAGAUAUUGGUCUAUCAAUUGAAAGGGAGGGCCACACUCAUGCUUUCUGUUGUACCCAGGCUGGUUCAUCAUGGGCUGCUGGCCAUGUAGCUAAUUUGAUAAGGAAAAGGUUUCAAGUUAAGGUCAGACCUACUCCCUACAUUUGCAGAUCGCAUUGAUCAAGUUUCUCUUAUUUAAAAGGGAGAAAAAUGAGCUAAUAUAUUACUGAUGUAAUGCUUGGAUCAUAUAUUUGUCAUCUGAUGAAGUUUAAAUAAUAAAAUAUCACAAACGUGUAUAACUGUUAUAUGUGUAUAGAUCUCUAGUCCUCAAUUCCUUCAUAUAAUAGAACUUUUUGUCCAACAUUGCAAGACUGAAAAUGGUCUGCAUGUCAUAUUACAGUGUUAGUCAUCGAGGUCAAGAAGAAAAUUCGAUGGAAAAAUUUUGGGAUUUUCCUGCGGAUUCUGGAAAGAGAAAGAGUAGUAAUAAUGAACAUAAAGACUAGUAGCAAAUUGAGAUUUGUGAGAUUGAUAACAAACUGAAAAGUAGACUGGUAACUUGAACGUAAGAUUAGUUAUAUGAACCGUGAGGUCAGAUGACAUGAAACCCGCAGUUAUGUUGUCAAUGUCAAUUGCUGUGUUAUC